AUGACGCACUGGCUAUUUCUACUGUCAGUUUUAUUGGUGUCGUCUGCAUCUGCUAACAUUUUUUCAUCACUCGGAGGUGUCGCAGGAGCGGCAACAAAAGAAGUAGCUGCUGUCAUAGACCCCGUAGAGAAAACCGCCAUGACUGUUAUGUUUGGCCAAUGUAAAGAGGUAAAACAGAUGCUUGGUUUAGAUCAUAAAAAUAUACAGGAUGACCGGAACUUAACGUUAUUGACCGUCGACUUUUUCACCAAGAGUUCAAGGGUCCAGUUUAAACUGACAGAGCUGUCAUCGAUUACAUCGUCAGAACUGUUCAAACCUAAGGAAGCUCUCAUCGUCUUUCUCCAUGGAUUCACUGAUAACCCAGACAAGAUGAGUAGCAAGGCGGUGGUUGAUAGUUUACUUGAGAAAGGUGCCGGCAACAUUCUUGCUUUGGAUGCGAGCGCCUACAUCGACUUCCUUUAUCUGCGUGCCAGUACUAUAAUACGAUUCAUUGGGGAGGCGAUGGGCAAAGCACUUGCUGAUAUGGUGAAAGUCGGCCUAGAUCCAGCUGCCGUCCACCUAGUGGGGCACAGUCUGGGGUCCCACAUAGCAGGCUUCGCUGGUAAAACUGUCCUGGGACUGACGGGAUCUCGCAUCGGACGCAUCUCGGGGUUGGACCCCGCAGGGCCCUGCUUCGUGGAAAUGGACAAAUCGCAGAGGUUGAGCAAGAACGAUGCUGACUACGUUGAUGUGAUCCACACUGACAGCGGAGUGUUCGGCAUGGAGGACCCACUCGGUCACGCAGAUUAUUACCCGAACCGUGGAACAGAACAGCCUGGAUGCAUGUUUCAGGUGUGCUCUCACGACCGAGCCUGGCUCUACUUCUCCGUUUCGGUGAUCUACCCUCGAGGGUUCCCAGCCAUCAAGUGUCGUAGUUGGAAGGAUUUCCAGGAAGGAAACUGUGAUUCUCGUAGUAUUAGUCUAAUGGGGUAUGGCAGCCAGCCGGGGACUGAGGGACGGUACUACCUCCAAACUGCUGAUAAGUACCCCUACAUGUUAAGCUUGAACGGCGUCAAGUAUGUUGACACCGAGGGAAUUGUGAAGACUUUUCGGGAUGCCGUCGGCUUGUGGUAG